AUGCCUAGCCCUAGUGCGCCUGAUCCACCGCCACCGCCCGAGGUGCCUCCCCCACCUCUUGAUGAACCCGGACCCCCUUAUCCAUCAUGGCGCACACUCCGCAACACGAGUCGCUCUCACAAGCCACGUCCAGACCAGCCACCGCUCCCUGAACCUGGUCCUGCACCUAUGGGGGAGCCUGUGCAUUCCUGGGUUACCUGGCAUCCAGACCCUUCACUGGCACCUACGCCGCCGUCGAUUGGGCCUCACCUGAUUGCACCUGACGAUGGCAGUCCUGGUCUCUUCGGACCUCGCUCGCCACGGACCCCUGAACUUGGUCCUACACCUAUGGGGGAGCCUGUGCAUUCCUGGGUUACCUUGCAUCGCGAGUAUUGA